ACUAUAUUUGGAAAUCAAGUAGAACUUGAUAACCAUGAGUCUUUCACCGGCAAGGAUCACUAUAAAAUGUGCAAACAUUGGUCUGCGGCGAUUGCAAAUCGCCACAUGCUUGCAAACCGGUGCCCGUGCCCUGAAUCACAUACAUUUUGGCAAUAGGAGAAGUUUGCACGUCACAUCAAAUUGUCGAUUUUCUGACGAUUCUGGCAAUGUGUCAACCCUCUUUGUUCCAGUUCCUGUUAAACUAACAACUAACCCAGACGAUAUCGAUAUUGGUGCGGAACUCACGUCGGUUGACCUCAAAGAAAAGAAAGAUGAUGUUUUACAGAUUUUAAAUAAGUUUUAUACAAAAAGAGAAAUGAGAAUGCUUGGUGUUGAACAGGGUCUAGAUGCUCAUUUGUUUCACCAGGCUUUUAUCAGCUUUAGACGCUACGUUAUCGAGUCGGAACAUUUGCCUGCUGAUUUACAUAUUAUAUUGAGCGAUAUUCUCUCCGAUUCGGGACACAUAGAUGAUAUUUUUCCUUACUAUAUGAGGCAUGCAAAACAAGUCUUUCCGAUGUUGGACUGUAUGGAUGACUUGAAAAAAAUUAGUGAUCUUACCACACCUGCCAAUUUGUAUCAAGAAGCAAGAGCCAUGAAACGAAAAAUAAUAUUCCAUGCUGGGCCGACAAAUAGUGGCAAAACUUACCAAGCAUUGGAAAGAUUUUAUACUGCUAAGAGUGGAGUGUAUUGUGGGCCGCUGAAAUUACUCGCUAAUGAAGUCCAUCAAAAAUCUAAUGCACGGAGUGACGCUACAACAAUUUCCAACAUCGUCCCAGGAAGUGUUCCGUGCAAGAAGGGUGAUGAGGUAGCGGUCAUCGAUGAGAUCCAAAUGCUGAAGGAUGCCGGAAGAGGAUGGGCAUGGACCAGAGCUCUGUUGGGUGUCUGUGCGGAUGAAAUCCACGUAUGCGGUGAAGCCGCUGCUAUUGAUUUAGUUAAUAGCUUGAUGCUAGAGACUGGUGAAGAUGUAGAAAUCAAUAGAUAUGAACGACUGACACCACUAACAAUUUUAGACGAAGCAUUAGUAAAUCUUGAUAAUGUUCAACCUGGGGACUGUAUAGUAGCUUUUAGUAAAAAUGAUAUUUAUAAAAUAAGUCGUGAAUUGGAGCGGAAGGGGAAAGCGUGUGCUGUUAUAUAUGGAAGUCUACCUCCAGGAACUAAAUUGGCACAAGCUCAGAAGUUUAAUGAUCCUGACGAUCCAUGUAAAAUACUUGUAGCAACUGAUGCUGUUGGUAUGGGUCUUAAUUUAAGCAUUAAAAGAAUCAUCUUCAACUCUGUUGUAAAACCGACGCUGAAUGAAAAGGGGGAAAUUGAAAUAGACAGAUUAACGACCUCGCAAGCUUUACAAAUUGCGGGUAGAGCUGGACGAUACGGAUCCAAGUUUGCGGAUGGUGAGGUGACUACUUUGUAUCCGGAUGAUUUACCUAUACUUAAAGAGAUACUUGAUAACCCUGUAGAGACGAUAGAGGCAGGAGGGCUUCAUCCGACGGCUGAGCAGAUUGAAUUGUUUGCAUAUCAACUCCCGGAUGCAACCUUCUCAAAUUUAGUGGAUAUCUUUGUUCACCUCUCUGAAGUCAACCCUCAUUAUUUUGUGUGCAAUCUGGAUGAUUUCAAGUUUUUAGCAGACAUGAUACAGCACAUACCUCUUGCCUUGAGAGCAAGGUACACAUUCUGUUGUGCACCAAUCAACAGGAAGCACCUGUUUGUUUGUACUUCUUUUCUCAAGUUUGCUAGGCAAUAUAGUCGAAACGAUGCAUUGACGUUUGAGUGGUUGUGUAAACAUAUACGAUGGCCUCUUAAGUUGCCGAUGACGAUUAAAGAGUUAAUGCAUUUGGAGGCAGUCCAUGAUGUUCUGGAUUUAUAUUUGUGGUUCAGUUAUCGUUUCAUGGACAUGUUUCCCGAGGGGGAAGCUGUGAGACAAAUCCAACAAGAACUAGAUUAUAUAAUACAAGAAGGUGUUCUGCAAAUAACUAGAUUAAUCCAAGCUUCCGCCGGGAAAUCCUCAACUACGUAUGCUGAAGAUUUUGAAGUGAAGAAAACCAAAGAAAAAACCAUCUCAGAUGAAGAUGUCAUCAAGAAACUCUCUGAAGGGGUACUGAAGAAAACAAGAACUAGAACAAGAAAAGUUAAUAUUGAUCCAGAAGGCCUGUCGUCUAAUCUUAUCAAGGAAGGUAUUCUGUCACGGGAAAUGGUACAAAAACUACAUGCGGAAUGGGAAAAAGCUUCAGAUAGAAAUGAACAAUCUAAUUACUCCAGGAGUAGAGAUGAACUAGAUAAUUCCAAAAGUAAAAAGAACAGAAGAAAGAAGAGGAAAUGAUUAUUUGAUAUCAGUUUGUACAUUUACAUAAAAUGGCAAAAUAUCCCUGGUUACAGUUCAGAUGAUGCAAAUCUGCCUCGAGGAAAGGACCCAACAUCAUUCAACAAAAUUCUACCUAUUGUGUAAUGUAUACACAAAAUCAGGGAGCCAAAGCAACCCCCCCCCCCUGUUUGGGUUUAUACCCCGGUACUUCUCAGCUGGUGGCACUAUUUAAAAAAAUCUUGUGAUAAAUUAUCGUCUUAGCAUGGCACAGGGUUCAUAGAGCCAAAUGAUUUCCAAGACUUUCCCCAAUGCUAUGACCCUGUAGCAAUCAGCUUUAAAUGUACUGUGCAUGUGAAAGAUAAACACACUGGACCAAGAGAACUAAUGCACAAA